AUGGUUUUCUGUAACAGAAGGUGCGGGCUGAUAGCUGGAGCUGUGAUUGGGGCGGUGGUAGCCAUCCUGGGAGGCAUCCUUAUCCCAGUGGGGAACAACGUCAUUGAGGGGACAGUGGAGAAGGAAGCCGUCAUUGAGCCUGGAACAACAGCUUAUGACAACUGGGUGGCUGCAGGGGCAAAGGUGUACAGGCAGUUCUGGUUUUUUGACUUGAAAAACCCCCUGGAGGUUUUGCAGUAUGGUGCAAUUCCAGUGGUAGUGGAAAGGGGACCUUACACAUAUUGGACAAGAUAUCUCGCCAAAGAGAACAUCACUUUCCACCCGAAUCACACUGCCUCCUUCCUGCUGCCUUUUGGGGCCAUCUUCGAGCCAUCCAUGUCAGUGGGAUCAGAAGAAGACAAAAUCACCACCCUCAACCUGGCUGUGGCUGGAGCUUAUUCAGUGGUUCCAAAAGUGUUUCAUGGCAUGCUGAACAAACUGAUAACGUCAAGCAACUCCUCCUUGUACCAGCGCCGUACAGUCAAUGAACUGCUGUGGGGUUACACAGACCCCAUGUUGAAAACACUUGUGGGCCUGUUUGCACCUUACAAUGGUACCUAUGAUGGCUACUACAAUGUCUACACUGGAAAGGAUGACAUCUCUAAAGUUGGACAAAUUGACAUGUGGCGAGGACAGAGGACUUUACGUUUCUGGAACGACACGUACUGUGACAUGAUCAACGGGACAGAUGCUUCGUCAUUCGCUCCCUUUAUGGACAAGAAGAAGCCUAUAUAUUUCUUCUCAUCAGACAUCUGCAGGUCUGUAUCAGCUAGCUUUGUGGAAAGCAAGGAUCUGAAAGGGAUUGAAGUGUACCGCUAUGCCCUCCAGCCAAAUACACUGGCCUCCCCUACAGUCAACCCAGACAAUCAAUGUUUCUGCAGAAAUAUGGAUGUCACCAAGAACUGCACCUUGGCUGGAGUACUGGACAUCGGCUCCUGUCAAGACGGAAGACCUAUCUACAUCUCUCUGCCCCACUUCCUUCAUGGCAGUCCGUACCUACGAAAGGCGGUUCUGGGCCUCAAUCCCAGCGAGGAGCAUCAUGCCACUUUCCUGGAUGUGGAACCUACAACUGGGUUCACCUUGAGGUUUGCCAAGAGAAUUCAAGUGAAUAUGAUGUACGGACCAUCAAAUGUCAUCACGGUGCUUAAGAAAGUCAAGGAUUACACCAUAUUCCCUCUUGCUUGGCUGAACGAGACGGCUUCGUUGGAUGACGAAACAGCGGAUUUGUUUAAGAAGGAGCUCAUCUCCCGUAUCCAGAUGUUGGACAUGAUACAGAAGGCGCUGUUGGGCAUUGGUGUGGCUAUCUUCGUCCUGUGUCUCACCUCCUACUGCGUGGUGGUGAGGAGAAGUAACAAGCUGGUGUGAAUGACUCAUGCAGAGAAGAGUGCAUUUAAGCUGCUGUGGGACAUUGAACCUUUUGAUAUAGACUUGCACUUUUUUGUAAUUUCAGUGUUAUUUAUAAUGUCAUACCUCCCUUGAUUCAAGGGAAGGGGAUACUGUGAUUUUGUAAAGCACAAGAGCUGAAUUCCUUUGCCAUGUAUUGUUUUAAUUGCAAACACUGUAACAUUAACUCAAUCAGGGAUUUCUGGAGGGAGAGCAGAUGGAGACUCCUCUGAACUGUCAGGUUAUCAAUCCACACAGAGGAGAAAUGAGUUUGCUUGACAUCCUACAAA